AUACAAAUCAAAUCCCUGAACAUCCUUAAUGAGACUUUGAACACCAAAACCCCUGGUUUCAUCUAAAUUACCAGAAACAUGUUAGUGAUGAAAUUAGACGCAACCCUUCUUACACCAAAACCAUUUAGUUUCAUCAUAAACUCCAACGGCAACGAGGUUUCAUCUAAAACUCCCACGAAGAACCUUCCAGAAUUUCUCGUUCUCCCUUCUCGCAUCUCCCUGUCGACGCCGAAGAACCCUCUCACUAUCUUCGCGACCUCACGUUUGUCGCAUCUCCCUGUGUCAACGCCGCCUCUUUGUGACUCUGUUUUUUCAUCUCGCCGCAACUCCUUCAUCGUUCGCCGCUGCCGCCUCUUUGCGACCAUGUUUCUUCAUCUCACCGCAACUCCUUCAUCCAUCGUCGCCGCCUAUUCUUAUGACUUUCAACCGGAUUACAACUGCUUCAGAUAUCCAUUGAAAGCUGUUAAAGUUAUGCAUUUGGUGGCUCUAAGGAAUGAGUCCAGUGUUGUGAGAAGUGAUGCUUAUCCAAAUCAUUUGAUUUCCCACAAGGUGACACUACUUUGGACCAAUUUGAUUCCUUUUAGUGACACAAAUUUGCAAGAGACCACCUUUUGAUCUUGAGUUAGUUCUAGUAAGUUCUAUUUUACUUUUUCUGCAUCUAUAUGAGUAAUCUAACUAUUUAUUUUGUGACUGCUUUGAUUUUGUAUUUUAAAGUAAUGGAUAAAGAGUGGACUUAACUUCACAAACUCAGUUCAGAGUAUAGGAAAGGUGCCAAAAACAUUAUUGAAAAAGAAGCACAAUGGUCUGUGAAUACUUGAUAGGUUUGGGGUUUCUACAAAAAUCAUGGAGAGUGAAUAUCUUUAUUGCAUAUGAAAAUUGAUGAACAUGUGGAAGAUCAAGUGGAUUCACGUCAUCCUUAAGAAGAAAGUGGAAGAUCAAGCGGACUCACGUCAUCCUCAAGAAGAUUGAAGCUAGUGGAAUGCAUUGAAGAUUUGAUUGUUUUGGUAUGCAUGGAAGACUUGAUUGUUUUUAAAAUGAUGACAUAAUAGUUGAUGUAUUCAUGUACUGAUUUUUUGUGGAUGCAUACCAAUGUUAAAAAAUUUUGAUUAGACAAAGUUGUUUUCCCUUAUUAAUGUAUAUUUUAGUUACAAUUUGGUAAUGUAAACUCUUUUUUUAUUUCA